AUGAGCUCGGCGAACAGGCACAAGGUCUCUUCGAAGAGGACCUCCACAGACAUGGGCCCCUCGCCUAAUGAUGUGGUCCCCUCGAAAAGGAUCAUGCUUGAAAGAACAUUGUCAACUACCGCGUCGUCGGACAUUAGCAUCUCAGAGUCUUCGUCGCCGCCAGCUACCCCAGUUUCUGAGUCCCAGGCAGACUCAUUCCAGACUUCAACUUCUGAUCAUGGAAGUGCAUCUGAUAAUCACGAACUCAAUGACACCAUGGCGGCCAAUGGCGACUAUGUCCGCAUCCCGGACUGUUUCUCGUCCAUCAUGUCCGUGGACCCUGUCAUGAAUGUCAACUGGCGAAAGCUUAAGGUUGAGGCAAAUGAUUGGAUCAAAGAAAUCUACCAUCUCACGGAUGCCCAGGCCAAAAAACACUCCAAGGCCAAUUUUGCCUUCAUGAACGCAAUCUGGGUUCCAUACGCUGAUGAAGAGGCUUUUCGGAUGAUGCUCGACUGGCACAACUGGGUCUUUGCUUUUGACGAUCAAUUCGACGAGGGCCAUCUAAAGGACGAUCCUGUCAAGGCUCAGAAAGAGCUUGAUGCUACUUACGCCAUCCUAGAAGAUAAGAACCCUCCGGUUCAACCUGGCGACAACCCCAUCAGGCAUGUCUUUCAAACCACUUGGGAUCGAUUCAAGAGGGUCUUCACCAGGUACGGUCUAUUCCAUUGCGCAUGCUGCAGUUCUAAUAAUUGGAUUUUAGAGCUUCAAACACGUUACAAGGCGUCUAUGAAAGGGUACUUUGAGGGCUUAAUAGGCCAAGUCAAAGUUCAACAUUCGCAAAAGGCCUUGAGCCUAACAGUUGAUGAGUACAUGGACUUCCGAAGAGCAACGAUUGCCUGCGAGCCAUGCUACGCUCUAGUAGAAUACGCGCAUGGAAUCAGCAUAUCGCAAGAGCAAAUCGAUCACGAAUCCGUUCAAACGUGCAUGCGUACUGCGUCUGAUCUCGUCAUUCUCGUUAACGACAUCUUAUCAUACCGUAAAGACUUGGAACAAGGAGUUGAUCACAACCUAAUCUCGCUUCUGAAGGCACAAGGCCACACCACCCAAGAAGCUGUAGACAAGAUUGGCGACAUGGUUGAUGAAUGUUACAAGACGUGGUAUGGCGCGUUGGUGAGGAUGCCGGUCUGGGGCGAGAAGGUCGACAAGGAAGUCCUCAGGUACCUUGACGGCUGCCGCAACGUUGCCCUGGGCAACCUGCAUUGGAGCUAUGAAAGCGGUCGCUACCUUGGCACGGAGGGCGCUCGAGUUCGGGAAACCCGAAUUAUGCCGCUGCCUUCCAUGCCUUGA